AUGUAUGUGAAAUGCUUUGAUACAGUAAUGUUUUACUAUGUGAUUUUAGUGAAUGCCACUUUUUGUCAUUUUCAAAUUUCCCGCCGUUCCGUCCCCCAUACCUCCCGACGCUCGCAGAGGACGGAACCCAGAUGACAGAUGCCGGCAUCCGCCGAAUUACAUUGCCGGGGACACUGCAGGGGGGACAUCACAUGAGUGCAGGACAAGGUAAGUGAUCUGAUCGAGGGAUCGCGGAGCAGCGCCGCAUGGUAAGCCCGAGUGUAGCUCGGGGUUACCGCUUGUGCUACACUCGGGAAUACCGCCAGGGAGGUUA